AUCAACUAUGAAGGUGGUAAUUGGGUGUGACCAAGCAGGAUUUGAGUACAAACAGAAACUCGUGCAAGACUUGCAAAAUAAUCCGCUUGUAGACCAAGUGGAAGAUAUUGGAGUGGGCUCCAACACCGACCUGACGCCCUAUCCAUCAGUGGGAAUCAAAGUGGGAGAGUUGAUCAGAGCCGGUAAGUUUGACCGGGGGAUAUUAAUUUGUGGCACCGGAUUGGGUGUUGCUAUAAGUGCCAAUAAGGUACCAGGGAUUCGUGCGGUGACAGCUCACGACUCAUUUUCGGUCGAGAGAAGCAUUUUGUCUAAUGACUGCCAGGUGUUAUGCAUGGGGCAACGGGUGGUGGGGCUCGAGUUGGCCCGGAGAUUGGUGGGGGAGUGGCUUACGUAUGAGUUUGACAAGGGUUCAGCUUCGGCUGAUAAGGUCAAGGUUUUGACUAAUUACGAGCAUGUUAGUUGUUAGUUAUGAAUAAAUGAAGUUAAGUUU